UUAUCCAAGCCACCCAAGUCAUUAGCAUUAUCAAAGUGUUUGCUUGAUGGUUUCAAUGGCAAUGGAGUUUCGCGUCCUUGCAACCUUAGCUUUACUCUCUGUGGUGGUAAUUGGAACAGGUAAUGCUGCUCUACCUGCUGAAAUGUAUUGGCAUUCCAAGUUGCCAAACACUCCUAUCCCACAAGAUCUUCUGAGUCUUCUUCAGCACGAUAUGGGAGAUACGUGCACUUUUUGGGACAUGGGCUUGGCGGAUAAGACUUCUGAGGACAGAAGAUUCAGAUAUAAGUAUUCUGAAAAUCCUUUUGAGGAUAACACUGAGGACAGAAGGUUCAGAUAUAAGUAUUCUGAAAAUCUUUCUGAGGAAAACACUGAGGACAGAAGAGAAAAAUAUAAGCGUUACGGAAAUCCUAUUGAGGAAAACACCGACGACACUUUGUUCGGAUAUAAGUAUUCUGAAAAUCCUUCUGAGGAAAACACUGACGACAGAAGGGAAAAAUAUAAGCGUUACGGAAAUCCUUUUGAGGAAAACACCGACGACAAAAGGUUCAGAUAUAAGUAUUCUGAAAAUCCUUCUGAGGAAAACACUGAGGACAAAAGGGAAAAAUAUAAGCGUUACGGAAAUCCUUUUGAGGAAAACACCGACGACAAAAGGUUCAGAUAUAGGUAUUCUGAAAAUCCUUCUGAGGAAAACACUGAGGACAAAAGGGAAAAAUAUAAGCGUUACGGAAAUCUUUUUGAGGAAAACACCGACGACAAAAGGUUUAGAUAUAGGUAUUCUGAAAAUCCUUCUGAGGAAAACACUGAGGACAAAAGGGAAAAAUAUAAGCGUUAUGGAAAUCCUUUUGAGGAAAACACCGAGGACGGAAAGUUCAAAUAUAAGUAUUCUGAAAAUCCUUCUGAGGAAAACACUGAGGACAGAAGGGAAAAAUAUAAAAGAUAUGAGGAGAAAUUCCAUAAACACAAUCUCCCUAACUCAACUGUGUUUUUUGUAUAUAAUGAUCUUCAUGCAGGUCAGAAAAUGAGAGUUCAUAUAACAAAAUCUACAAACAAAGCUAGAAUCUUGCCUCGUCAAGUUGCUGAAUCCAUACCUUUCUCAACUGAUAAGUUGUCAGAAAUUUUUCAACGUUUCUCUGUAGACCCUGAAUCACGCCAAAGUAAAGUCAUGAAACAAACUAUAGAGGAUUGCGAGUCACCUGGUAUUAAAGGAGAAGACAGAUAUUGUUCCACUUCUUUAGAGUCUUUGAUUGAUUUUAGUGUUAAACAUGUUGGGAAUAAAGUUCAAGUUCUUUUUAAUAAGGUAGAUGAACCCAAAAGAGUUCAGGAGUACACAAUCAUGGAUGUCAAGUUCAUGGGAGAAAAUCAUGUAGUGUGCCACAAGCAAAAAUAUCCAUAUGCUGUAUAUUAUUGUCAUGCACUAAAUGGUACUAGAGUUUAUACAGCUCAGUUGGUGGGUGCUGAUGGUACUGAAGCUGAAGCAGUUGCUGUUUGCCAUUCAGACACAUCUGAUUGGAGUCCAAAACACAUGGCCUUUUUACUCCUCAACAUGAAGCCGGGAGAAGGGACAAUUUGCCACUUUAUUAGAAGUGAUACACUUGUUAUGGUAUCCGCUGAUGAAGAUAUUGAAAAAACCUCUAAUGAUACCAAUCUCCUCAGUCAUGCUUAGAGUUUAAGCUUGCUUUCUGGUUGUACUAGUACCUAUGGUGGAUCUCGCAAUAAGUCAUUUUUUCAAGUGACAAUCUUUGUAUUAGAGUGUGCGAACAUACUCAACAUUUGUGUCUAUCUAUCACAUGUAGAUCCAUAUGCGAAGUUCGUAUAUAUGUUGUACUACAAUGUUGUGCUUAAUUUAAUUUCAUGGGAGUUUUAGUGUGCUUGUUU